GGCGCGCGGCCCCCACCGCGCUGUCGGUUUCCCGGGGCCCCGCGCGGUUGGGCGCCGCUGCGGGCGGGGACGGGUUCCGCGGGCAGGCUGUGCGGGACCUGCCGGAGUUUGCGCGGGCGGGAGCGUCCUGCACUCCGCGUCUCCGGGCACUCCGCGUCUCCGGGCACCCCGCGCGCUGACCCGCAGGGGCUGGCAAGUGUCUGGUCUCGGCGCUGCCGGCGCUCAGGCUGUGCCCUGAGCCCGCAGGAAGCGGGCGUGUGCUGAACGUCUGUGACCCUCGCGGCGGAAUAAACAGGAAGCGACGAGCACCCAGCCGGGCCACCCUGCUUUUGUUGUGCGGGCUGCGGGGCGCAGCGCGGAGGACGCUUCCUGGGAUCCCAGCCGGCCGCCCCGGGGCCGGGCGCGCCCUCCGUUGAAGUUCUACAUUUGUAACGUCAAACUGCUGUCUCCUGAUGGGACCAUUUUCAAGAACUGAAAUCAGUUUUCAUACAGCUUAAAAGCAGCGGGAGAGAAGCACAGAGAGCUGCAGAUGAGACCCUCCUGAGCCCCCUGGAGUGGCUGACAACCCUGGAAGGAUGCUGGCUGCCGGGCGGCUCUGGGGGCCCUCCCUAUGAGGUGGGAAGCCCAGGGUCGCGGGGACAGCUUCCUCACUUCUGGGCCCACCAUGGCCUCCGCAUUCUGGCUGGACAGCUGACGUGACUAGUGCGAGGGUGACGCUGCCAGACUGGGGCCACCCCAGGUGCCGCCUGCUCCCAGGGUCCAGAGCAGGCAGGUGGGAAUCAGAUGCUACCAGGAGCCAGGUGGGCAUGCUGAGAUGGAGGUCACCUGAGGCCCCUGGACGCUCCUCGUGUCGGGACAGCGGCGAGUCGGAGUGCAGGCCUGCAAGAGCAGCAUGCAGGAGGCUGGCUUUCCGGCCACACAUGCGUUCACAGAGUGCAAAUUCACCUGCACCAGUGGUAGAUGCUUGUAUCUUGGGUCACUGGUCUGUAACCAGCAGAACGACUGUGGAGACAACAGCGACGAGGAAAACUGUCUCCUGGUGACCGAGCACCCACCUCCGGGCAUCUUCAGCUGGGCCCCGUGGAUAGUGGCAGGGAGGUGGCGCUGGGAGAAGCCCCGCCGUCAUCACUGUCCGGGGCGGGCGGCAGCGCGGCUCCUUUCUCCGGGACUGGUGGUGCAGAGGGCCCUUCUGAGCCUGGAGACAGUGCCCAGAGAGCUGGAGCUGGCCCAGGUGGUCGUCAUCGUGGUGGUGGUCACGGUCAUGGUCGUUGUCAUCGUCUGCCUGCUUAGCCACUACCGAGUCUCCACUCGGUCCUUCAUCCACCGCCCGAGCCGGGGCCGGAGGCCUGGGGAUGGGCUGCAGCCGGUCAUAUGCGCCUCGCGGUCCCCGGAUGCGCUGGCUGCCCCGUCCUUUCUCCAGAGGGGUCGGUUCAGCCGCUUCCAGCCCACCUACCCCUACGUGCAGCACGAGAUCGACCUGCCCCCUACCAUCUCCUUGUCGGAUGGGGAGGAGCCACCUCCCUACCAGGGGCCCUGCACCCUGCAGCUGCGGGACGCCGAGCAGCAGCUGGAACUCAACCGGGAGUCUGUGCGGGCCCCGCCCAACCGGACCAUAUUUGACAGUGACCUGAUGGACGCCUCCGUGUACGGGGGGGGCCCCUGCCCGCCCAGCAGCCACUCGGGCAUCAGCGCCAGCACCUGCAGCAGCAAUGGGAGGAUGGAGGGGCCGCCCCCAGCUUACAGUGAGGUGACGGGCCCCCACCCUGGCACCUCUCUCGUCCUCCCCCCACACGGCAGCGCACACAGCGGGGGCAUGGACAGGAAGCCUGGGAACCUUGUCUGACCCGACAGCCUUGCGAGGAUGAGGUGGAAGGCGCUGCCCCGCCCGGCACGACGGGGUCGGCUGCACGCGUGGUCCUGCAGCGUGCGCAGCGGUCUUUCAGGGGAGCUGCUCACGUGGAACAGAGAAAGGGGUGCUGUGACGACACCAUGAAGUAAAGCCCACAGAGGCACCUGAUCAACUGAGAGCAGUCGUGACAGGAAGGCGUCAGAAUGGCCUGUUUUACCAUGAACCAGAUGCGGAGGAAGCGUUAUUACAGUCUGUGGGGAAGAAUCGCCAGUUUGCUUUCCCCCAAACUGUGGAACUUCUGCUUUAAAAAUGAUUCUAAGUUCCUGUUUCGUGUGCCAAGGUAGAGAGUGGAGAGAUCAAACGAACGCAGGGAGCUAAUUUGUGUUGUGAUGCUGUGUUUUUGAAAGUUGCACUAUGUUUAAGAUAAUGAGGAAGUUUACCUGAAGUUCUGUGUGUUGUCUUUUCACCUGUGGAUUAUUUCAGGCCCUCGACCCCACAGCCAUGCACGAAAGGAUGUUCGAGGCAGGAGUGUAACACACGCCACCGACGCUGAUCAGGAAGUCACGGCACAGCAGUGACGCGUCACGAAGCACCUGGAGACGUCGGGACAGGAGGUGCUGCGUCCUCGCGGGCUCUCAGGCUGCGUGUUUCACUGUAAGGCCCGAAGCCUGGUGCCGCCCCCAUCCUCCAGUGGCGCGGUUUUCUCAGUGAUGUAGAUUUAUUUCACUGUAGCAUGGAAUAUACUCAAGAUGCACAUCUUAUUUUAUGCAAUAAAUUGUUUAAAAUGCAA